AUGAGCGCAGAACCCAAUUGUGAACCCAGCGUCAUUGUCGCGUCCGGGGCUAGCUCCGUUCAAGCUCUUCGGAGUCGCGAGAUUACAAACGCCGAUACUGCCGACACAUUCGGCAGCGACAACGACAAGAGCGAUGAUGGGCGAGGCCGUAGCCUCCUGGCUGCAAAGCGACCCCACGCACAACGACAGUUAUCGAUAAAAACGAAUAUUCGUGCUGGUACAGGCCUCUCGCGGAUUGACGACACCGAGCAAGCAGAAGCCGCGAAAGAGAAGCCGAUAUCAUGGCGUGCGCUCCCUCGCAAAGAUCAGCUCUUUGUGAUCACACUGGCACGGUUGUCAGAGCCAUUGACGCAGACGUCUCUUGGAUCCUACCUGUUCUACCAGCUCCAGUCAUUCGACAAUAGCUUACCUGAGGCAACAAUCUCAUAUCAGGCGGGUAUCAUCCAGGCCGCAUUUCCCUUUGCGCAAUUCCUGACCGCCAUGUUCUGGGGUCGCAUUGCAGAUGCAGAGUAUGGCGGGCGCAAACGAGUCCUCUACAUCGGCUUGCUAGGGACCAUGUGCAGCAUCGUUGGCUUUGGCUUCUCGAAAAACUUCCCAAUAGCAGUGGCGUGUCGAUGUCUGGGCGGUGUGCUGAAUGGCAAUAUCGGUGUCAUGAGGACCAUGAUCAGUGAGAUCAUCAAGGAGAAGAAGUAUCAGAGUAGAGCUUUCCUGAUCCUGCCGAUGACGUUCAACAUUGGAGUUAUCGUUGGGCCAAUUCUUGGUACCUAUCCCUCGAUUUUCGGCUCUGGCUCACUCCUCGGUGGCAAAGAUGGAGUGUACUGGAUGAAGCGUUGGCCCUACGCACUGCCAAACAUUAUGAGUGCGUGCUUCCUCCUCUUCUCGGCAUUGGCCGUUAUCUUCUUCCUAGAGGAGACGAACGAGCUGUGCAAAGAUAAGCCAGAUCCCGGUCUCCGCAUUGGCCGGAUAAUCCGCCGCUACAUCUUUCGUCAAAAUAUAGCGAGCUAUGAUGGAUAUGUAGCUGUAGUGGAGGAUGAAUACGCAGCUUCAAACAGCCUCGAGCUACAGUCAACGCCCACCUCAGCCCAUCCGGACACUCACGCGACAAUCGACAUGACUAACAAGGCAAUCCGUCAAAAGCUACCCUUCCGCCGCAUCUGGACUCGCAGCCUCAUCAUCACACUCCUUGCUCAUGGCUUGAUGGCCAUGCAUGUGGGCGGCUUCAACUCACUGUGGUUCAUUUAUCUGUCAACACCACGCUUCGACCCUGCCAACCCGCAUCCUCCGGGCUUCAAGCCACAUGGGUUCGUUCAUUUCACCGGCGGACUUGCGCUACCACCAGCGCGAAUUGGAGUCGCACUGGCCAUCCUGGGUUUUAUCGGCAUCUCGCUACAGCUGUUCCUCUACCCACAACUUUCGCACCGCCUUGGAACAGCAAAGAGCUACCGCAUCUUCUUAGCACUUUUUCCAAUAACCUACACACUUGCGCCGUCCUUGAGUAGGGUUACAAGCUUCAGUAAGCCGCCGGCUGGCGUGAGUGGACCCUGGAUCUGGAUGGCCAUGAUUGUGGUUCUCUUCAUUCAAGUCCUCGCCCGAACGUUUGCAUUACCGUGUACAACGAUUCUUGUCAAUAACGUCAGCCCGCACCCUUCAGUACUUGGCACUGUUCACGGCAUUGGGCAGUCUGUGUCCAGUUUGACAAGAACGAUCGGUCCCAUUAUGUUCUCUUGGGUCUUUGGUAAGGGUCUGAACAUGGGCAUCGUGGGCUUGGGCUGGUGGCUUAUGGCAAGCGUCGCCGCCGUUGGCUUUGUGGCUGCGCAAUGGGUAAGAGAAGGAGAUGGUCAUGAGAUUCUGCUCGAGGGUGAGAUCAGGGGGAAAGAUGGCUCCGUUACAAGAGCCGACUGA